AGCCCCACAGCCAUAUAGAGUUCACAUUCAAGAGAAACUAAUCCAGAAAAAAGAAGAACAAGCAGAUCAAGAUGUGUAGCUCUGUGGCUGCCAAGUUGUGGUUUUUGACAGAUCAUUGCAUCAGGGAAGACUAUCCUCAGAAAGAGAUCUUACGAGCGCUGAAGGCCAAAUGUUGUGAGGAAGAACUGGAAUUUAGGGCUGUGGUGAUGGAUGAGGUGGUGCUGACAAUUGAGCAGGGGAAUCUGGGUCUACGGAUUAAUGGAGAACUAAUCACUGCCUACCCCCAGGUGGUGGUAGUAAGAGUACCAACCCCUUGGGUACAAAGUGAUAGUGACAUUACUGUUUUACGCCACCUAGAGAAGAUGGGAUGUCGGUUGAUGAACCGGCCUCAAGCCAUCUUGAACUGUGUUAAUAAGUUCUGGACAUUUCAAGAGUUGGCUGGCCAUGGUGUUCCUCUGCCAGAUACUUUCUCUUAUGGUGGCCAUGAAAAUUUUGCUAAAAUGAUUGAUGAAGCAGAAGUAUUGGAGUUCCCAAUGGUAGUGAAGAAUACACGGGGUCAUAGAGGCAAAGCUGUUUUCUUGGCUCGAGAUAAGCAUCAUUUGGCUGAUCUAAGCCAUCUUAUUCGCCAUGAAGCUCCAUACCUGUUUCAGAAGUAUGUUAAAGAGUCCCAUGGACGGGAUGUACGUGUCAUUGUUGUGGGUGGCCGUGUGGUUGGCACCAUGUUACGUUGUUCAACAGAUGGGAGGAUGCAAAGCAACUGCUCACUAGGUGGUGUGGGGAUGAUGUGCUCAUUGAGUGAACAAGGAAAGCAGCUAGCUAUCCAGGUGUCUAAUAUCCUGGGGAUGGAUGUGUGUGGCAUUGACCUCUUGAUGAAAGAUGACGGCUCCUUCUGUGUCUGUGAAGCCAAUGCAAAUGUAGGUUUCAUCGCCUUUGAUAAGGCUUGUAAUCUAGAUGUAGCUGGUAUCAUAGCGGACUAUGCCGCCUCCCUUCUGCCCUCUGGCCGGCUCACCCGGCGUAUGUCCCUGCUCUCGGUGGUGUCCACAGCCAGUGAAACUAGUGAGCCGGAGCUGGGUCCCCCAACCAGCACUGCUGUCGACAACAUGAGUGCGAGUUCCAGCUCUGUUGACAGCGACCCUGAAAGCACGGAGCGGGAGCUGCUUACCAAGCUCCCAGGGGGCCUGUUCAACAUGAACCAGCUUCUAGCCAAUGAAAUCAAACUCCUGGUGGAGUGACUCCACUGGUAAAUAAUUAACCAACAAAACCCUUGUAAAACUUUCUUUCUUUUCCUUUAUUUUUAUUUUUUUUUUUUUAACCAACUUGCAAUGCUGUUCAUGGAAAACACUCAGGAAGAUGAGAGAAAAUUGAGUAAAAUUAGUUGAGAGAAGAAGGGGGAGAUAAGCGAGACCUCUGCUGUUACCAUGUGACUGGUUUUCAUUUAAAAAUCCUACAAGUCUAAUUUGGAAAGAAAGUCAGAAGAGGUGGCAUAGAGAAAAAUGUCAAGUUUUCAAAGUUAUCUUUUUAAAUUACUCAAAAAUUUGUAUGCUCUUGGGCCAUGAGGAAUGUAGAAAUUUUUUCAUGGUCCUUUGCAUCUUGUUUUUGUACGGUUGGUACAAAUUUCAGAGUAGCAUGGCAGUAGAUUGAUUGUGUUUUAAAAUUUUGUACUGGUGAGGAAUACAUCUGCCUAAAAUACAUGAAUUUUUUAAAAUAGAAAUCUGAAACUUCUUCCAUUUCCAUAUUAACAACAGUUGUUUAUAAAAUCUUGAGACUCUAUUUGAGUUUUCUUAUUUUUUGCUUUUGUUUUGUUUUUUUCCCCUUAAUUUAGGUGGAAGGGCAAAGUAAAUAUGACCCAAUAAAGGCUUUUUAAUGUCAAAAUUGGCAUGUUUGCAUGAUGAAAUGGAAAUGAACAGUAUUGCAAUGUCUGGUAUACAAAAUAACAUUUACUCCAAUGUAGAUAAAAUUACACUAGUUUAAAAUAUGUGCAAAAACUUGUAUUUGUUAGUGUUUUAGUCUUUUUGAAAGAUAUAUGCUCUGUUAAUGCUGCUUUUGUUUUUUAAAUACAUGCUAGUAGUCUA